AGAAUUUCCAGAUCUGCUCUGCUCCUCCUCUUCACCGCCGGCUGCUCCUGCUUUGUGGGGGCGAAUUGCUCGGUUUUUUUGAUUGCCGCCGGCCUUCCCCCAACUGCAGUCCGGUUUUAGCUGGAAAAUUCUGGUAUGGACAGCCCUUUAAGCCUAAAAUUAUCCAUUUAAUUUGUUGCCUUGUGAUGUCCGAAAAUCUGCAGUAAUUAGGGGAUGAAUUCUGGUAGCUUUAGGAUAAAAUUAAGCAUUAAUUCAAGUGGAAUUUAUGUGAUUGAGUGUUAAUUGACCGCUGUGAGAUUUUUGGAGAAAAUCACGUGAAUUAGCCAUGGUUUUGCCCAUUUUUGGAAUUGUAGUUACUGUUUAUGGGCACUGUUUAUGAGCACUGUUCACGCACAGAUGGUCAACAAUUAAUGGGGAUUUAAAUGAUUAGUUUGUAAUAUAAAAAUAAAUUUAGAGAUGUCUAGUAAUGUGGAGAUUGAUAGAAAUAGCAUCGUGAUUAUUAGGGAGUACUUAUGGUGAUUUUACUUUUGAAUUCAUGAUAAGAUAAUUAAUUCUUAGAUAUUUUGAUUAGGUUCUUGAUCGUUCUGUUAGUUUAGUACUGAGAUUGAAUCUUUGAUUUAUGCGAUUUGAAUGGUGGCGGGAUUAAAUUCGUUUUAUGCAAAAGUAAGUAUGACUGAUUUGAAGUAAAAUUUUUAUGCCUUUUCAUUAAAUUGAGCAUGCUUACUUGAAAUUUAAUUGAGCAUGCUUACUUGAAAUUUAAUUAAUUGUUCUGAUGAUUUGAAAGUGAUUGGUGAAUUAUGAUUUUUCUGUUAACUUCUGCUUGUUUUGUCUCCGAUGUGGUCAUGUUAUUAGUGACCUUGCUAGUGGGGGUUAAACGUUAGCACAUAUCGACAUGUUUACUGAUAUGACUGGUAAAUUCUGACGCCUGCCAAUAGGCGAACACAUUGGUAAAUUCUGACACCUGCCAGUGGGUGUUAUACGCCGGCUGUGACCUAUAGAGGAGACGUCUAUUUCAUUUCCGUACUCAUAUCUUUUUUUAUGAUUAUACUUGUUGGCAUACUAUAAGUUUAAUAAGGGACACUCCAUAUUUUAUUUAUUAAGUUUAUCUCAUAGUUUUUCCUUGUCCACCAUUUCAGGAAGCGAAACCGAGGACGAGGAAAGCACGGGAAGUGACGAAAAUUGGGGAUGAAUUUUGAUAGCUUAAGCUAUGUUUUUAAGCUUGGUUUAAGUGUAAAUUAGCUUGAUUAGUUGUUGUGAUUUUUGGAGAAAAUCCCGUGAGAUUAGCUAGUGUUUUGGCCAAUUUGUGGAAGUGGAGUUACUGUUCACGUCGUGGUCACUGUUCAUAGGCACUGUUCACCGGUUACUGUUCACACCCCGAGGGCCAACAAUUAAUGGGGAUUUAACUUGAAUUUGUGAUAGUCCGAUAUUAAUUCUGAGGUGUUUUGAUUAGGUUUCCGAUCAUUCUGUCAGUUAGUACGUGAAUUGAGUGCUCGGUUUUAUGCGAGUGAGGUAAAUAAAUUUAUGGUAAUGCCCGUACAGUUUUUAAAAGCAUGUUUUGAUUUGUUUUUAAAGUGGUGGCGGGACUAAACCCAUUUUACACAAGCAUGACUGAUUUGAAGUGAAAUGUUUAUGCUUUUCAUUAAAUUGAGCAUGCCUACUUGAAAGUUUAAAUGACUAUCCUGAUGAUUCGAAAGUGAUUGUGAAUCGUGAUUUUUCUGUUAACUUCUGCCUGUUUUGUCUCCGAUAUGGUCAUGUUAUUCGUGUGCCCAUUAGUGGGAGGUUUAUAAACGCUAGCACAUGUCGACAUGUUACUGAUAGAACCGGUUCGUUUCUGUUAUCUUGCUAGUGGGAUUAUACACUAGUAAAUCGUGUGCCUGUCAGUGGGAGGUUUAUAACACUAGCCGUGACCUAUAGAGGAGACGUUUAUUUCGUUCCCGUACUGUAUCCGUUUUGCGUGAUUGCACAUGUGGCAUGCUAUAAGUUUAAAUAAGGGGCACUCCAUAUUUUACUUACUGAGUUUAUCUCAUAGUUUUUCUUGUCCACCAUUUCAGGAAGUGAAACCGAGGACGGGGAAACCACGGGAAGUGACGAGUUAAAAGGCUAGCCAUAUUGUAAUUGGAUAUAAAUUUUAGAUAUGAAUCAUGAUCUUGUAUUUGGAGAUUUUAUGAUAUUUGAGAGAAUUUUAUAAUUUGAUCUUCAGAGUUUGGUGGUAUCAGAGUGUGAUGUGAUAAGUUCCGAGCCUUGUGCAUUUGUGGGACCCCUCUCACGAGUACACGGCGUCUGUCGUGUCUCGAAAUUGGGUUUUGGGGCGUGACAAUAUCUUUAU